AUGUCUCAACAGCUAAUAAAUGAAAAUAGCAAAUAUGUAUUAGACUUAUUUUCAGAGCAGACUAUCGACUCCCAGAGUCUGGAAUCAAUCUGUGCUCAGGUCCAGAAGAGGUUCCCAAAGUCUGAACAUUUUAAUUUGUGUCUUCUAUUCUCCACUCUAAUUGCCGGAGGUGAUCUAACAUUACCAGGUCAAAGAGUAGUUGCGUUGGCUCUCAUACAUGACUUCUAUAAAGGAGACAAUCCAUUCAGUUCAUUAUAUUUACAUCUUCUGGACGGCAAGCCGGGGCUCAUUGCAUUAGCUCCACAGGAAAGGCUGUUCAUAGGACAAUUACAUGGCUUUGUGCUUGGUAAUAUUAAAGAUGUGUUCAAGAAGACAGCUAAGCAAGUGAUGAUGACAGAGGUGUCGUCUAAGGAAUUGGAGUUUGAUUAUUCAUCACUACAAGUGUUGAUGACUGAACGCACAGCAGACAUUAGUUCCAUAGCGAAGGCAACUGCACCUGCCUUAGUUCCACUCGGUGAUGGGACGCCUCCAAGCCGUAUGUCUAUGAAGGAGUUAUUGGAAGCGUUGAUGAGUAACGAGUAUCUACCCCUGCAUCGAACCUUGUCUCCAGCGGGGCCGGUUCCUCCCCCUGCAUUCAUUAUGGAUCCCACUGAGAUCGCCUUCGCUGGGGAGGCAGUGUGGAAAAACCUCUCGAACCGUGGGGCGUACAUACCCAUGUACGACAUCGACAUGGAAGGAUUAACAGGACUUCGCCCCGAAAAACGAGCUACUUCAACAGAAACUGCACCUAAGGAAGAACCCAAAGAGAAAUCAGUAGAAAAAGCAGAAGAAACAACAGAAGAAAAAAAAGAUGAAAAUCCUGUUGAAGAAGCAAAGGAACUGACGGCUGUCGCUCUGAAGACGGCUCUGAGUGUGCCUCAACAACAGAGACUGUUGGCGCUACUGGACGACGCGCCCGAUGUAGUGUACGAUAUAGGAGUCACGCCCAACCAGCUACCAGAUUUAGUUGAGAACAACCCGAUGGUCGCCAUAUCAGUUCUAUUGAAGUUGAUUCACUCACAACACAUCACAGACUACUUCUCCGUGCUCGUCAACAUGGAGAUGUCUUUACACUCAAUGGAAGUUGUCAAUAGGUUAACGACCUCAGUGGACCUCCCCGUAGAGUUCGUUCACCUCUACAUCAGUAACUGCAUCUCGACGUGUGAGACGAUCAGGGACCGCUACAUGCAGAACAGACUGGUGCGACUAGUGUGUGUGUUCCUACAGUCACUCAUACGGAACAAGAUCAUUAAUGUUAAGGAAUUAUUCAUAGAGGUGGAAGCAUUCUGCGUUGAGUUCAGCAGAAUACGAGAAGCAGCGGCGUUGUUCAGACUCCUCAAGCAAUUGGAUUCAGGAGAUGCUCACAAGGAUGGGAAGGAUUAG